UCAAACGACGCUGACAUUUGACGCUUAACUUUUCAGAACUUUAAAUUUAUCUGAAAGAUUGAAUGUUCAAAGUUCCAACCGUCGACCAGCAAAAGAUGGAAUCAAGAGAAAACAGAAAUCUACUUUACUUUAGAGCAGUAAUUAAUGUGGUACAAAAGGAACUUGCUCAAUUUUUCAUCAAAGAAUGGAACUCUCGUUACAAACAUAAAUAUGGAGAAUGGGAUGAUACACUCAAAAGUGGCAAAAUAUUUUGCAAGUUAGAAUCCAAAAUGUUAAAGUUGGAUAAAGAACAAAAGUUAGAAUAUAAAAAUGGAGACACAAAUAAAUGGGAAUGCACAACAUUACUCAAUGCUAUACUUCUUUCAAAAUCGAUUGGAAAGCAUCUUGACACAAAAACAAAGGAUGCUUUUCAUGCACUUCAUUGUGAAACAAAGAAAUACGCACAAUGGUAUAAAAGCGAAUGCUCAGAUGAUGAUUUUGAUGAAAUAUUUAUGGUUGAAAAAUUUAAAGAUGAAAAUGUUUCCGCCAAAGAGAAAGUCAAGAACCUUCGAUCAUUAGUAUCUCCUCGAUUGAAAUUCUGGCAAAAUUGGUUUAUUAUUGUCGACAACGUUGUGCAACUGAGCGAAAUUUCUUCGUUACUACCACAAGUAGGUGAUCACAUGUGGAAAAAUGGACAACUAAUAAUAACUGUUCAGAACACAGAUGCCGUACCUUACGAUGAAUUGUCCAGCAAACAUAUUUCUAUCAGUAGUGGAAUGAAUGACAGAGAAUGUUGUCAAUUGUUGAAUUCUUACACUAAAGAUGAAAAUGCUGAUGAUCAAUUGUUGAAUGAAGUAUCCCACGCAUUAGAUCGUCAACCGCUGGCUUUGGCUACUACUGGUCCAAAUCAUAUUGAUGUCGCUGUAUCUUUAAACAAUCUCGGUUUGUUUUAUGAUAAAACAGGAAAACACGACAAAGCUAUAGAGUUUUUUCAAGAAUCUCUAGAAGUUCGAAAACUGAAUGUGCCAGAAAUCACAAGGGGUGAUGAUGCUAAUGCUAAAGGUGUCGGAAAUUCUCCUGGUGUUGAAAAUAAAGAACAAGAAGAGUGGAAAUACAUUGAUGAGUCAUCGAAACAUAGAGAAUUGCUUUUAAAAUUGAUUGAAUAUGGACGCAAUUCCAAUGUUGGAGUUGAAGUGUUGGGCAAUGUGCGUGUAAUAUUCACAGAAGAAUUUUGCAUUGGCGAUGGAAGUAAUGCAACCCGUGUUUUUCUUGGACUGGGUAAAGAUGGUUACGGUAAAGCAGUGAAACGAAUACAUCGACAUAAAUUUAUCCAGCUUGCACAUCACGAAAAGAAAAUUUUAAAUGAAUUCAAUGCAAAGAAGUCGAAAUAUGUUGUGAAUUAUUUCUACUUAGACGAAGAUACUGGAACAGAAUAUGUUUAUUUGAUGUUAGACUUAUGUGAAGAAUCAUUGGAGAGUUUUGUCAAGUCUUCUACUUUGCAUGAUCUUCAAAAAGCUCUUCCUGAUAUUCUUAGACAAAUUUUAAAAGGAUUAGCUGAUCUUCAUAGUGGCCCAAAUCCUAUUCUACAUCGGGAUUUGAAGCCUUCCAAUGUUCUGCGAGACUCAAAAAGCAAAUUUCUGAUAGCUGACUUUGGCAUAAGUCGAAUAAUGAAGAAUGACACGACAACAUAUAAAAGCGAUACUUCCAUGGGAACUUUGCAUUGGUUAGCUCCUGAAUCAUAUCGCGGAGAUGUUGAUUCAGAAAAAAAAGCGACUUACCAAAGAAGGUCUGAUGUAUAUAAUGCAGGGAUGGUAGCUUAUUAUGUAGCAACAAAAGGAAAUCAUCCUUUUGGAAUUGAACGGCAUAGACUGGACAACAUGCUGAAUGGAAACCCUGUUGGUUUGGAUGAAAUCAAGGAUGAAACACUAAAGGACCUUCUGUCGUGGAUGUUAAAUCUAAAACCUAAAGACAGACCAUAUUCUAACGAAGCAUUAAAACACCCAUUUCUUAUGUCAGAUGAUGAGAAGUUUAAAUUGUUAAGUAAAGUUGGAAAUCUUCAACAGAUUAAGUCAAAUGAUCCCCAGUCAAGUGUCGUUCGACAAUUGAAUAGCGAAUCCGUACAUUGGAAAAGUCAAAUGGGUAGUAAUGUUUAUGAAUAUUUUGUGAAUGGAAGGACCUAUAAAUCUUUAUGGACCGAAUGCUUAAGACUUAUUCGAAAUAUUGAUCAGCAUUGGAACGAUCGACCACGACCUCUACCACAACCAGAACCAUUUUACAAGAUUGGCGAUUACAGGGCGUAUUUUCUCCGAACAUUUCCUAAUCUCCCUGUUCGGGUACAUGCUGCUGUCAGGUCAAAUGAAGAAUUGAAAAACGAACCAGAACUCAAGAACUUUUUUUAUUUUAAUGAAAGCGAACUACAUCAAUAAACAAUUUAGACACAACUGAACCUGUUGGGGGUAAAAAAGUAGCUAUUAAGAAAUCAUUGAUACUGUAAAGAUCUUAUUUUAUAGAUAUAAAGAAAAACAGUUUCCACGACGUACUUAGAUGAUAUUUUACCACAUUUCUGGUGAAUCUAUAGCCAGUGGUAUUCAUUGAUACAAUGUAACAUACCUGAUUAUUUAAUUUUUACUGUAAAUUGUUUUGGGAAAAGACUGAAGGCCAAUAUGACAUUAAAAGUUAACUUUUAUGUUUGGCUACACUGAUAAAUUUUGCACUACAUUCAUCCAACACAAUAAACUCGUAUACGAUAAAAAA